ACGGGAAGGAGAUGAAGGGCAAGGUGGCGGCCGUGGUGACCUUCACCUACCAGCACCUGAGCGCCCCCCUGGAGAUGACGGUGUGGGCGCCCCGGCUCCCGCUGCACAUCGAGGUCUCGGACGCCGAGCUCAACCAGAUCAAGGGCUGGAGGGUGCCCAUCGCCCCCGACAGCAGGCCAGCUCGGGACAGCGAGGAAGAGGAAGAUGAGGAGAGGCGGGGCCGGGGCUGCGCCCUCCAGUACCAACACGCCAUGGUGCGGGUGCUGACUCAGUUUGUGGCCGAAUCUGCUGACCCUGGGGGCCCCCUGGCCCACCUGCUGGGCUCCGACUGGCAGGUGGACAUCACGGAGCUGGUGAAGGAGUUCAUGCAGGUGGAGGACCCUCGGAUCGCCCGGCUACAGGGGGGGCAGGUCCUGGUGGGCCAAGAGCUCGGGAUGACCACCCUCCAGAUCCUGUCGCCCCUGUCGGACGCCAUCCUGGCUGAGAAGACCAUCACGGUGCUGGACGAGAAGGUCACCGUCACGGACCUGGGGGUGCAGGUGGUGGCGGGCCUGUCGCUCUCCCUGCAGCUCAGCCCAGGGAGCAACAGGGCCAUCUUCGCCACAGCCCUGGCUCAGGAGCUUCUGCAGAGGCCGGGCCAGGUACAGAGGCUGGGACACCGCAGGGUGGGGUCGCAUCGGGCAGGUCACACCCCAGGUGAGGUCACACCCCAGGUGAGGUCACACCCAGGUGAGGGCACACCCAGGUGAGGGCACACCCCAGGUGAGGUCACACCCCAGGUGAGGUCACA